CGGCAUCCGCCCCUCCGGGCAUGCUCAGUGCUCUGGCCAAGCUUAAACUACCGGACAGGCAGCAAUCUACCAACCGAGUCAGCCUCUAGUGCCCAGGUCCCUUUAAAUCGGGCUGCCCGGUUGCCAGGCAACAGUGAGGCCGGUGGCCGCGCUGCACUGCAGAGGCUCUGCCUCGAGCCCGCCAAGCCGGGUCUCGGUGGCCAGCACGGACCGUGGGGCUGCCGCCUGCCGGCGGUGAUGAACUUCGGAAAGAGGGGACAGGACUCCCUAGAUCUCACCCACGCUUCCAGAAAGAAGACUUAGUGGAAUAAUAGUUGGAAAAAAAGUCAACAAUCUUAAAGAAAAAAAAACUACCUUUCAAGCUGCUGAACACCUACAACCAGUAUAAUAUCUCAGGAGUCAGAAAGGGAACUGGAAGAGAUACCUAAAGAAUGAAUACUCGAAGAAAACAGUGGAAGGAAGGUGUGUUUUUACCUCUUGUUAAUGCAGAAGAUAUUCUGGAAGAAACUUCCCAGCCGGAAUCUCCUUCUGAACAAAUACCUAUAGAUAAGACAAAGAACGUGGAAGAAAUUUAUAGUGUCUCCAGUGGGAAGUUUCAAGAAGAAAGUAAAUUUAAGAGGGAAGAAUGUAUUUCCCAACUAAGUCAAAAAGAACAAGAACCUAAUUUAAAAGAGAGCGGGAUUAACAUGUCCAAGAACAAAGCAGACACAAAUUCGGACUGCUACGAGACAUACAGCGUGAAUGCUGUGAGGGACGAGAGUUAUAGCAGAAAUGGACAUCCACCUACCAGGAGCAAAAAGGAACUCCCAACUAUGUCACAACCAGAUACAGGGAAAUCACAACCAGAUACAGGGAAGAAACUGACCAUAAGAAGGUUCCCAAAUGUUAACCUGAACCUUUUGAAUGAAGAACUGGAGCGACUUAAUAAGAAAUGUAGAAAAAUAGAAGAGGAAUUUGAAAUGACUGAAAAAGAACUUCUGAACUCCAAAAAAGAAAACGCUUCAGAAUCCCUAAAUUUUGAAGAAACAGAGAUACAAACUUCUAACAAUUGGGAACUUCAAGCUUUAAAAAAUGCCCUAUAUGAAAAAGAAACAGAUGUUAAAAACUUAACUGAAGAGCUCCAAAAAGCCAAAGAUGUCAUCCACAAGUUGAAUCUAGAGAACCGAGAUUUAAAAAAAGCAGUGAGGAAGUUAAAACAUCAAAAUGAACUAGGAAAUGAACUCCUGAAAGAAGAAAUGAAAUUGUAUUAUGAAUUAGAGGUGGACAAGAUUCGCCGUGAGCUCAAUACCAUCAGGAAUGAACUGAGAGUUGAGAAGACCCUGCAGGCAAGAAAUAACCGAGCCCUAGACUUGCUUAGAAAACAUGUGAUUUCGAUGGUCAGGUCAUCAAGCACUAUUGACCACCUUUAUCGGAAACUUUAAGCUUAAUAAAGCCUUUCAUUAGGCAAGUUAUUGAGCCAAAUCAA